CGCUUCGCGCCAAGCGGCUGCAAACAGGAUUGUCCGACUUUUCUAAAAAAAUAACCUGAAACUAAAGCUGCGACAAAAACGUCUUCACAAUGGACAUCAGGCGGUUCUUUGCACCGACUGCAGGGAAGGCUGCGGUGCAGAAACCAGCCCCCAAUGGAAACCUGAAGGCAGAGGAGGAGAAGAAGAAGAAGAAGAAGCCUCAGUCUCCAGAUGAGAAGCGCAAGGAUAGUGAGAAAAAAAGAAAGAAGCAUGCAGUUAUAGAGUCAGACUCGGAGGAGGAGCCCGUGAAGAAGUCAAAGAAAUCCCCCAAAGAGAAACAGAAAACCAGCAAGACAUCAACACCUCCCAAAAAAGAUCCUGUGCAGUAUGUCUCUGAAACAGACUCGGACAGUGACAACUUUCAAUCCUUGAAGAAGGUCUCCAAGACCAAGAAGAACGACACGUCCAAACCGACAAAGUCAGAUGCAGGGAGUCCUCGUUCAGGGGCCGAGACUCCUGUCAAGCCCUUCUCCACACAAGGGAAAACUGGGGUGAAGUCUCCUCCCAAACCUGUCACCCCUAAAUCAGCUCCACCCCCUCAGCCCAAAAAAACCCCCACCUCAGUAUUUGACUACUUCGGUAGAGGGACCAUUCAGCGCUCAGACAAGAAGCUGGUGGCCAGCACCAAACGAAAGGCUCCAACUCAGGACACAGAUGAUCUGAUCAGUGAUGAGGAAAUCGCCAGACAGCUGCAAAUGGAAGAGGACAUGGAGAUGGAAAAGCAGGUCCAUGAGGACGAGGAGUUUGCCAAAACACUGGCCAUGCUGGACGAGGAGCCACAGGCAAAGAAGGCUCGUAAAGGCUCUGAUGAAAAACAAGCACCUGCCACAAUUCCCAAAAAGAGCUGCACAGACUCUGCUGCUGGCAGCACAAGCAGCCUCACAAAGACCAACCGCAGCGUGUCGGAGGAUGUGAUCAGUCCGUCUCCUAAGAAGAGCCCUGCCCCUGCCAAAGCCAGCUCCAAACUGGCCAUGAUGAAGAAAAAGGAUGAAGAGAAAGAUGUAGGGACAAAGGGCAAAACCCCCAUUUCACCCACAAAAAUUAAAACCUCUCCCAGAAAGGAGCCCCUCACUUCGUCGAGCUCAGACAUGAAGUUCACACCCAAAACGGGAACAACACCCACUGCACUUAAAACUUCUCCCAAGAAACCAGAGAGCACAAACACGAGUCCUGAUGACCCUGAGAAGAAGAAAGUCAACUCUUCAGCUUACAGAAACUACCUCAACAGAGAUGGACCACGAGCUCUGGGCUCCAAGGAAAUCCCGCAGGGAGCAGAGAACUGUCUGGAGGGUUGUGUGUUUGUGUUGACGGGGGUCCUGGAGUCCAUGGAGAGAGAUGACGCCAAAUCCCUCAUCGAGCGCUAUGGAGGCAAAGUGACGGGCAACGUCAGCAAAAAGACCACUUAUGUGGUGCAGGGCAGGGACAGCGGAGUCUCGAAGCUGGAGAAGGCGGAGAGUCUUGGUACCAAGAUCCUGGAUGAGGAUGGUCUGUUGGAGCUGAUCAGAACCAAACCAGGAAAGAAGUCCAAGUAUGAGAUUGCUGCAGAGGCUGAGAGCAAAGCCUCAAAGACCAGGACUCCACCCAGCCGGACUUCAAAGAGCACCCCCAAAGCCCAGAAGAUAUCUCCCUCCAAGGGUAAUUCCAGGUCCCCUCAUACCCCGAGCCCGUCAAAGACCGGCCUGGCACAAGGUUAUGGUGGCAAGACUGGAGCUGGCAGCACUCCACCUGGGAGAGGCUCAGGUCACACGGCCAGGAGGGGGCUGGGCCUUUCAUCCUCCUCCACCUGUUCAUCAUCUUCCCCAUCACCGACCGGGGAGGAUGCCAGUCUGCUGUGGGUGGACAAGUACCGCCCACACUCUCUGAAGACUGUGAUUGGCCAGCAGGGUGACCAGAGUUGUGCCAAUAAGCUGCUGCGCUGGCUGAAGAACUGGCACAAGAACCAGAGCACUGCUUCCAAACCAGCAGCAAGGUUUGGUAAGUUUGGAGGAGGGAAAGAUGAUGGAUCAGGAUUUAAAGCUGCUCUGCUCUCUGGUCCUCCGGGGGUUGGGAAGACCACCACUGCUGCCCUGGUCUGUGAGGAGUUGGGCUUCAGCUAUGUGGAGAUGAAUGCCAGCUGUACUCGUAGCAAAAACAGUCUGAAGGAAGUCGUCGCAGAGUCACUUAACAACACCAGCAUCGAGAACUUUUACAAAGGCACGUCUCAGACUGUGAGCACUAAACACGUCCUGAUCAUGGAUGAGGUUGAUGGCAUGGCUGGCAAUGAGGACCGAGGAGGAAUCCAGGAGAUGAUCGGCCUGAUCAGAAGUUCAAAGAUUCCCAUCAUCUGCAUGUGCAACGAUCGUAACCACCAGAAGAUCAGGUCACUGGCCAACUACUGCUUCGAUCUGCGCUUCCAGAGGCCGCGAGUGGAACAGAUAAAGGGAGCCAUGAUGUCCAUCGCUUUCAAAGAAGGAAUUAAGAUCCCACCCCCAGCUCUUAAUGAAAUUAUCCUUGCUUCUAAUCAGGAUGUCCGACAGGUGAUCCACAACCUGAGCAUGUGGUCAGCUAAAGACAAGGUGAUGACGUAUGACCAGUGCAAGUCUGACGCAGCCAGAGCUCGCAAGGACAUGAAACUGGGGCCAUUUGACGUUUGCAGGAAGGUGUUUACCAAGGGGGAGGAGACUGCCCACAUGAGCCUCAUCGACAAGUCUGACCUCUUCUUCCACGACUACUCGCUAUCACCACUCUUCGUCCAAGAGAACUACCUGCAUGUCCGUCCAGCGGCUGCUGGUGGAGAUCUGAAGUCCCACCUGGUGUUGCUCAGCAAGACAGCGGACUCCAUCUCUGACGGAGACCUGGUGGACAGACGGAUCCGCUCUGGGCAGAACUGGUCACUGCUGCCUACCCAGGCCAUCUAUGCCAGUGUGUUACCAGGCGAGCUCAUGAGAGGCUACAUGAGUCAGUUCCCCACAUUCCCCAGCUGGCUUGGCAAGAAUUCCUCCACCAGUAAACAUUCCCGUAUUGUUCAGGAGCUGGCCUCACACAUGAGUUUAAAGACGUUCAGCAGCAGACAGGCGGUGAACCUGGACUACCUGCACUACCUAAGGCAGGCGCUGCUGAGCCCACUUCAGAGGCACGGAGCAGAGGGUGCCGGUCAAGCUGUGCAGCUGCUGAAUGACUACCAGCUGAUAAAGGAGGACGUGGACAGCAUCAUGGAGAUCAGCGUCUGGGGUGGACAGCCUGACCCCUAUUCCAAACUGGACUCUAAGGUCAAAGCAGCUUUCACGCGUGCAUACAACAAAGAAGUUCACCUGACGCCGUACUCCCUGCAAGCUGUGAAGAAGGGCCGCCGUGGUGGAGGUGGUGGGGAAUCAGAGCUGGGAGGAGAUGACAUGGACAACGGAGUUCAGGAGUCUGAGGAUGAAGGAGAAGGUCUCAAAGCUGACGCUAUGAUCAAGCAGAAGAAGGCCAAGGCCACCAAGGAGUCAAAGACAGAGAAGAAAGAAGAGUCUGGGAAGGGCAAAGGGAAAGGCAAGGGGAAAGGCAAGGCGAAGAAAUGACAAGACGAAAAAAAAGAACUGUCCUUGUCUGCCUCUGACUGUCCCGUCAGACUGUAUUAUUUUUCUCUGCACUUAAAAUGAUCUUGUAAUGAGCAUAAGAACAUAGUGAAACUGGCCUUAAACUCUGCAGGUAACUCAUCUUUCCCUUAGCCAAAAACUCUAAACCACACUGGCUGAGAAAUGCCUUUCCAGUUUUUAUCAACUUCCUGUCACGUUGCCAUCAGACUGUCUUCAUAAGCAAAUGAUGUUUAUUAUCUGCUUGUUCCACCCAUUAUCAUGUCUGUACACAUCUGUAGUAAUGCGUGUCUCAGAAGCAUUGUGCAUUUGUUUCUGUCAUCUGUUUGUAGUCCAGGUGUCAAGGCUGUAAAUAAUGAGACUGAUGUAAAAGACUGUUACCUUUUGCUACGACUUCAGAAGAGUACAAUACUUUUUGAUUUUGCUCUAUGGUUAGCACUGAUGACCCUGUAAAUGUCAAUUUUGUAAAGAUUUCAUGAGGAUUAAUAGAGAAAUAUGUCGCU